AUGACUCAGAAGAGUGUUACAUGGGAUCAAACAGCAAAGGUUGAAAGCUGGAACUUAAUACUUAAUGUAACAAAACAAAUGAACUUUCCGCUUUCUCCUAUUGCUACAGGUACUUAUAAUUUUUUAUAUAAUUAUUUCUUUAACGGUGGAAGCCUAACAGAAUACGAUCUUAUUACUCUUUGCAUUACAUCAAUGUUUGUUACGAUUAAAUCAGAGGGAAGAGAUGAACAAAUUACAAAUGUUAUUCAAAAAUUUGCACCAAUUGCAGCUGAAUUCUCUGGCGAUAGAAAAAAUGUAUUUGGAAACUCAGUUGACUCAUUAAAAUUGUAUGUUAAGAAAAACAACGAACGCCAUUUUCAAGUUGUUCAUUCAAACGUUUUACAGUGCGAAUUUUCAAUGCUUACAGCGAACAAAUGGGAAUUUAUUACAGACCACCCAUUUUCAUUUUUAAAUUAUUGGCUAGAGCAAGUUAAAUUAUCAUUGAAAAAAAAUCCGAACUACCAAGCCCUCAAAACUAAAUUUGAUGAAAUGAGAACUAAAUGUGUACAUAAUUUAUGCUUACUUUUAAUUACACAAGAAGGUCCAUGGCCAACCGGAGCACAUUUUGCAGCCAACGCCCUACUAUAUACAAUAUUUAAUUUUGAGCCAAUCCUGAAUCCUGAGUAUGCUGAUUUUUUGAAUAAGCAACUUUCACCAAAAUUGGAAAAUAAGCAACCAUUUGAUUUCGCGGCACUUGAAAAGAGAGUUAAUGAUGCUAUCAUUCCUUAA